AGAGUUGAGUCAGUUAGUGCAAAAAUGGUCAAUGCAGAUAGUCCGGGUAGCUAUUUGGUUAACUACUGUAUUUAACUAACAAGUGGGGGUGGGUUGUCAGAGGGUGCGACUGGAGCAAAGGAGAUAUAAACAUUUUGCAAAACAAACUCCUGGGGGUCUGCCUAGUUUUGGGGAGGGACAAAAUGCGAGGGAACAGGAGGACUCAACAGAAAAUAGUCCACAUGGAGAGAGCAUUUGGAAUAGUUGAAUGAAUGACAUAUGGGCAAGUUUGAAAGUUGACAGAGGAAUUGAGCAAUGCCUGUUUUGAAAGUUAUUCUUUUAAAAUAUUGAUUUAGUUGGUUUUAGGGUAACGUAUGAUGUAACGUGGCUAGCCAGCUACAGUAGUUGAAGACUUUGAACAAACACGAUACAGUGGGACAGUGAGCGCUUUAGCUCGCAACACCUCAGUGAACUGCCAGCUUUGCUAGACUAGCAAGAGCACUUCUCGUUCAGUUUAUCUUUACUCUUCUUUACGCUGUCGUCGAAUUUGUCUUACAUUUCACAGAUAAGCUUGUUGCUUAACGGUUUGAUUCCUGUCAAGUUUAACUUGUGGUUGUUGGACAUGGUUGUCAAUAACAGCUAGCUAGCUAAAGUUAGUCAGCCAUCAUUAAUUUGUAUUUUUCAACGUUGGACGGACUGAAUGUUCACCUUUGGGAUACUUAACGUUACUGUCAGUAAACCGCAACAAGACAACAUCAACGUUGUAUUUUAAACACGAGACAACAUGCAAAAGUUCAACUCGACACACACUAGUACUCUUCCUCUGGACGCUGAGCUUCAGCAACGUUUAGCCGACAACGGGGGAGCCGGGGAGGCGAUGAAGGAAAACGGCUCUGGGAAGAAUCACAUCCUUGCAGAACCUGCAGACAGUUCACUCUGUACCAAGAGAAAGAUGCUGGUCGGCUUGGAUGUUUUCUGUCUGUUUGUAGCCUCCAUCCCGUUCUUUGCGUGUGAGUUGAAGGCGGUGACUCCGUACCGGAGGGGUUUCUUCUGUGGGGACCAGAGCAUCACCUACCCCUACCUGGAGAGAGAGGCCAUCCCUGAUGCACUGCUCAUCGCUGGGGGCAUCGUCAUCACUGGCCUCACGAUUGCGCUGGGCGAGUGUUACCGGGUUCGAUUUUGUGAGGUGCAAUCACGGGCCUUCGUGCGCAACCUCUACGUGUCCUGCCUCUAUAAGGAGCUGGGAAGCUUCCUGUUCGGCUGCUGCGUGGGCCAAUCAUUGACCAACAUGGCCAAGCUGAGUGUGGGGCGCCUGCGACCUAACUUUCUGUCGGUGUGCAACGUGACAUACGCCUCGCUCAACUGCGUCCCCGGCUCCUACGUGGCCCAAGUCACCUGCAGGCAGCCCAAACACAAGAUGGUGGAGGAGGCCAGGAAGUCCUUUUUCUCUGGCCAUUCCUCCUUUGCCAUGUACACCAUGCUCUACUUGGCGUUCUACCUGCAGGCGCGGUUGUCAUGGCGAGGGGCUCGUCUGCUGCGCCCACUGCUACAGUUCCUGCUGGUGAUGAUAGCCGUGUACACCGGGCUGAGCCGCAUCUCUGACUACCGCCACCACCCCACCGACGUGAUCACCGGCUUCAUCCAGGGAGGCCUCACCGCCUACUGGGUGGCCUUCUAUAUUUCCUCCAUGUUUAAGAACAACCGUCCAGAACUGUCUCCCACCAGCAUGUCUCUGGAGAGCCCCUUGUCCAGCCAACAGACCGUCUGCUAGCACCACCUGCCCCAUCACACCCCUCCUCACCUACCUGGACGGAUGGGAGAAAAGACAGAAAGAAAGAGAGAGAGAGGGAGAGACAGUCAGAUAGCAGAGGUGAGCAGCACAUGGAGGGACAGGGAGGGAGACAAGGUGUGUGAAAAGGAAGGGGGAUGAGAUAAGAG